AAGUGUUGUUUUUUUUUUACAGCGACAAAAUGGCGUUGCAAAGAAAAAAAGACGGCGAACCAAAUGUUAAAUAUUUUGAGACUCAAGAGACUAUUGCCCAGUUUGAUUCCGUACGAACCUGGCUUUUAAAGAAUUGCAAAAAAUAUGUUCAAGCUGACCCACCAACAAAUAAAAAUCUAGCAACCCUUUUGGUGCAGUUGCUUCAAUUUCAAGAAGAAUCAUUUGGUAGACAAGUACCUAAUCCAGCUUUGACUAAAUUACCGUUAAAAAACUUCCUUGACUUUAAACCAGGUGGAGGACUUUGCCAGAUUUUACAGGCUGUUUAUAAAUUUAAAUGUGAACAAGGAUGGAGGCGCUUUGAUUUCACUUCUCCCUCUCGUAUGGAUCGCAAUGUAGAGAUGUUUUUACAAGUGGAAAAGGCUCUAGUUACCUCCAAAUGUUUUAUUCUACCUCGCAUUUUCAUUAAGCCUGAAGUAGAUAAACUUUUGGUUCCUAAGUUGAAGGAUAUUAUCAAAAGACAUCAGGGAGUUCUUGUUGAAGAUUUGGAAUCAGCAACUCAUGUUAUACAUCCCAAUCCACAGACUUCUUUUUCCGAAAAUGAGGACUAUUUCAGGCCUACUUUUAAAAGAGAAAAAAGUUAUGGAAUUCACUGGUGGUACUACCCAGACAGUUAUGAUUCAUGGGUUACUGAUGUUAACAUUGAAUAUGAUUUUGAACAAAGUCAACCACCUGAACAUUGGGAGGUUUGUGCUAGGUGGCUAUUGGAUUUAGAACAGUUUAAUGAGUGGAUGAAUGAAGAAGAUUAUAUUUUCGAUGAUGAAAUAAAUAGUGGAGAUGGUAAAAAGUCUAAAAAAUCGAAGCUUCGUUUGACUGUUGAUGAUAUUCAAGAUAGUCCUGAAACUGACAAAACACGACGGCCAAAAAAAGGUGGAACUAAGAGAAAAAGAUCCCCCUCUCCCCCACAAGAGAAAAAAAGAAAAAGCUCUAGAGCUGCUGCUAUAGGAGCAAGCAAAAAACGCAAAUGGGAAGAAGAUGAGGAAGACAGUACCAAAGAAAUGGAUGAUCCCCAGCCAGAAACAAAUAUACAGGAAGUUCAUAACCCUAAAUCAGGUUUAGCUGCUCGUGCUGGAAAGGAUGAGUUUACUCCAAUUAAAGGUGGUUCUAUUAUGGACUUGGACGAAGAGCAAGCAGAAAAGGGUGAUCAAGAAAAAUCUGAGCCAGGAGGUGCUGGUACUGAAGAAACUGAUAAGAAAGAAACUCAAGAGGUGGGAGAUGAUUCCUUAACGGAACAGACUCACCAUAUUAUUGUACCCAGUUAUUCCGCCUGGUUUGAUUAUAAUUCUGUACAUGCUAUAGAAAGAAGAGCCAUGCCUGAGUUUUUUAAUGGGAAAAACAAAUCUAAAUCACCUGAAAUAUAUGUGGCUUACCGUAAUUUCAUGAUUGACACUUACCGCUUGAAUCCAACAGAAUAUUUGACUUCUACAGCUGUCAGAAGAAACCUUGCGGGUGAUGUUUGUUGUAUUCUUCGAGUCCAUGCCUUUUUAGAACAGUGGGGUCUAAUUAACUAUCAAGUUGAUUCUGACAGUCAUCCUACAGUAAUGGGACCACCAUCAACCUCACACUUUCACAUUCUUGCUGAUACACCUUCUGGAAUAACAUCUAUUAAUCCACCUCGAAUUAAUCAGCCAUCAGCUGCUCAAGAGGUGUGUGACUUUACAGAAAGAAAGGAUAAAGUUGACAAUGAGGAGAAAAAGGAGUUGGGAAGUGUAGGAUUAAAAACAGAUAUUUACACUAAAAAAGCUCUCAAGGAUAAAAAUCCAUCUAUGCGUAGCAGGGAAUGGACAGAUCAGGAAACAUUGUUAUUGUUGGAAGCUUUAGAAUUGUACAAAGAUGAUUGGAACAAAGUGUGUGAACAUGUUGGUAGCAGGACACAAGAUGAAUGUAUUCUACACUUUCUGAGAUUGCCUAUUGAAGAUCCAUUUUUAGAAGAAGAUUUUGGAAAUCUUGGUCCUCUUGUGUACCAGCCAAUUCCAUUCUCUAAAAGUGGGAACCCUAUUAUGUCAACUGUUGCUUUUCUGGCAUCUGUAGUGGAUCCAAGAGUAGCCAGUGCAGCAGCGAAAGCAGCUUUAGAGGAAUUUUCCAAAAUGAAAGAUGAGGUGCCUCCUUCCAUUGUUGAUGCUCAUACUAAAACUGUUUUGAAUGCUUGCAAAGAUGGCAAAAUGGUGGAACCACAUUAUGGACUUGAAAAGAGUGGUAUAGCUGGAACAGAAAUAAUAAGUGAUGACACAGGAGAAAAGCAAAUAGACAAAGAAAAGAAAAAAGAAGAUAGUAAGGAUGAAGAGGAUAUGGAAACAGAAAUGAUAAAAAGCAAAGAAGAUGAAAAACUACAAGAAUUUCAAAUAGGGAAAAAAGAAAAAUUUGAAGAGGACAAUUAUUUGGCUAGUAGAGAUUCUGUAUCUGAUGAUGGAGAAAAGAAAGUAGACAAGGAAGUUAACAAUGGAGAGAAAGAGAAAGAAGAUCAUCCAGCAACAGCACUUGAUAAAUCAAAAAACACACCUGAAGACAGUGCUACUGUUGUUUCAACUGCAGCUGCUGCUGCUUUAGCAUCUGCUGCUGUCAAAGCUAAGCAUUUAGCUGCAGUAGAGGAGCGUAAAAUCAAAGGCCUUGUGGCAUUGUUAGUUGAGACUCAGAUGAAGAAACUGGAAAUUAAACUCAGACACUUUGAAGAACUGGAAGCCAUAAUGGACAAAGAAAGAGAAUCUCUUGAAUAUCAACGCCAGCAGCUCCUUCAAGAGCGCCAACAGUUUCAUAUGGAACAAAUUCGUGCUGCUGAGUACAGAGCUAGACAGUUUGCUAAUCAACAGUUGGCUGAUGCUAAACAUGUGACCACUCAGCAGCAUGAAGGACAACAUGGAACUUCUGGUAAUUCUGCCAGUGUUCAGAAUCCAGCCCUAGCUGCAGCUGUUAGUCAAGGCUCUAAUUAUGCCAUGCAUGGAUCACCAUUAUCUCCUCAAGGACCACAAGUGCAAGCCUCUCAAGUAACUCAAGGCUCACCUACUUCUAGCACCUCUAGUAUGCCUUCUAUCACAGUAGCCGCUGUUACACCAUCAUCUGUGUCCUCACCCUCAUCCUUGCCUGCAAGUGUACCCAUAUCUCAGCCUGUACCAUCUACCAGCCCAACUUAUACAUCAACUGUUGCCCUUACCCAAGCCUCGCAAUCAUCUCCUCAAACACCUCCUCCCACUCUCACUCCUAGUGGGACACCUACACCACAGCAACAGGUUGCAAUGCUCCCAAAUAAUCCUGCACAAGGUCCUAUGGGUCAGACCUAUCCACCAAGUCAGUAUCCAAAUCAAGUUCAGACUCCACCUCAGAUGUAUUCAUCAAAUACAGCCCAUCAAGUUCCUCCAUACCACCCAUAUUCACAGCAAGCUAUGGGAGUAAAUCAGAGUAGUCCUUCUGCUCAGCAGUAUCCAGGUGCCAACUCACAACCAGGUGCUGCACACUAUCCCAACUACAUUAACCAGCCUAGUCAGUACCCUUCCCACUCCAGUGUUCCAAAUCCUUAUUGUGGACCUCAAUCAAGUAUGAACCAACAAGGAUAUUCACCUUAUGGUACAGCACCACCACCUGGGCCAUAUCCUAAUCAACCACAAAUGCAACAGUAUCAAGGGGCAUAUCCUCAGCAAACAGGAGUUGGUUUACCACCAUCUCUGCCAGUUAACCCAAGAAUACCCAAUUCUGGAAAUACAGCAGGUGGCCAAAAUGAACAAGAUCAAAUGCUAAUAAAUUCACCAUCUCCUUCUGGAUCCAACAAAUAAUGGUCAUUGUUCUGAUAAUGUACAUAUUCGAAAUAAUGUGUUAUGUUUGAAAAAUAUAUCAUCCCUAAAUAGAACUGGGUUAUUUAGUAAUAUUUACUAAACUUUGAGAUAAAAUUUGCAUUCUUUUGUCAUAUUUUGUUUUUGGUACCUAUGAGUUUGAUUAUUAUUAUUAUAUUGCAUUAACAUUGUUUUUUUUUACUUUUGAAUUUUGAUUAUUUUCUCUUAUCAAUAAACGUUGAUUGUUACAAUUUAAUAUGGUAAGAGGUAGCCAAAAUAUAAAUAUGAUUAAUAUCACACAAAUUGUGGCAGAAACACCCAGAAUUCUAUAAAAUGUAACAUAUUCAAGUGUUAAAAUAUAUGACUCAACAUAUAAAAUGUUUAAUUUCUAGCUAAAUGAUCUUUAUUUUUCUUACUUUCUUAAUUUUUUUCCUUUAAUUCAUUACUUAUUAUUUGAAUGUUAACACUAGGCAUACAAGUUGUUAUCAGUAUCUCCCUUUUUUUUUUUAAAUUUGGUUUUAUAUUUUUAUCUUAUUCUUUAAAAAAGCUUAUGGCUCUGAAGAUGCACAUAAACUUGAUAUUUACAUGUAAAUUCAAACUAAAUUUGUUUGCUUUUUACCCAAAUCUUUUCGACCAAUAUUUGUUUUUCUUGUUAGUUUUUUUUAUUUCUUCAUGCACCCUUGAUAGGUAAAAAAAAAGGCCUGACUUGAGAAAAGUGUCAUGUAGAUGAGGUUCAGAAUAAGAUUUCUAGAAUAUAAAUUUCUGCUUUUUAAGUUUGCAAAAAAAAAAAAACCUUGCCAUAUUUAAUCAUUGUUUUGUUUUGUUAGUUUGAUUAUGACAUGCUUAUUGUUUACCACUAUUAUUGUGUCUGAACACCAAUAUAAGUUCAAUUUUGUCUACUAUACUUGUCCUACAGGUAUCUUAGUGGAAGGAAAAGAUAGGUAGAACCUACUUGAUAACUCUAAUGUGAAUGGAUGACAAUGUCUGUUAAGGGAAACUUACUAUAUAAUCUCACCACCAUGGCCUCCUAUAGUUAGGGGUGACUAAGUAUCAUUUCAUAGAAAGGAGAUGAAUGCCUGGCCAUUAGUUAGGGUUGGAAUGUGUUGUCACACAGCAACUGGUGGGUUCAAAGGAAUGGCAAGUGCUAUUACAGUUUUGGGUGUAGUAGUUUGUGCUGCAAGCUGCCUAAGGGUUGCCAGAUUUGUUUGACUCCCAAUGGCUUUCCAAUGUAUGGGUAUUGCAGCAAGGCAGCAGAGGUUUGAAUGAAGUUUUCCUUCUCCUAGAUAGUUAGCCAUCUAAAGCUAACAAGCAUCUCUCAUACCCGGAUCUAAACAAGUGAACUACCUGGUCUGGUAGCCUCAUCUGUUGUAUUGACACUAUAAUACAUUCGUCGUUGUUUUUUGUUUAGGAAAUAAAACAUAAUUCCAUUUCCAAUCAACAAAACUUAAUAAACUACCAAAUAUUAAGUGUGAGCUAAUUGUACAAAUAAAUAUUCUUAACCAAUAGACAUCACAUUUUUCUGAUGAAUAGUAUUCAUCAACACAUUUGUACUUCAAGGAAACUGUAGGCUUGGAAUGAAUGUUUGGUGCUUGUUCUCUCUUUGUUAAUAUGGACAUUUUGUUUUAAAUGUAUAAGUACAUUUAUUGUAAUACCCGCUCGCCUUACAUAUACAUUUUCUAUUAGAUCUGGUGGCUUUUUAUAGUUUAAAUGUUGCUUUUUUUUUGCUUUGUAGUUAUGUAAUUUAAGCUUCAAUGCUUUUUUUUUUUUUUUUUUUUUUAAAGAAUUCGUAUUAUGAAAAAUAGCUUUUUGUUUUACAUGCUUGUAUAUAUAUGUAUAUAUAUCUAGUACAGAAGAAUCCAGUUAAUCUGAUUUUCUGAUGAGGUCUGAUUUACAAAAAUAUACUAUCCCCCUUUUUUUUUUUAAUUGCCUUAAUUGAAUCUACUUGGUACUAAAAUGUAUGCUCUAUAAUAAUCAGCACUUAGUGUGAGAAGACAUGAAUGAAUACCAUGUAGACAAUGUAUUUUCUCUAUGGACACUUAUGUGUAGAAAUAAAAUGUAUAAUCAAAAUAAAAGUGGAAAUUAACAGUA